CUCACGCGCCAUCCUUCCCUUCCACCACACCCACGAUGGCCACCUCUGCUCUGCCCGCCCGCAGCGGCACACCCUCCUCGCUCGAGGAGGGCAGCGUGGGCAAGAAGCACGCCGCCGGCGCCGAGGCGCAGCCGCAGCAGUCCAGCUCGCUGCGCCGCCGCGUCCAGCGCAUCGCGCAGGGCCUGUGCGAGCAGACGGGCAUCGAGCCGCUGCCCGUCGAGGCACGCACCAGCACAAACGUCGGCAACGUCGGCUUCCUCUGGGCCAGCGCCAACAUGAACGUGCUCUCCUUCUCCUCGGGCACGCUGGCGCCGCUGCUCGGCCUCGGCCUCGUGCCGUCGCUCGUCGUCAUCCCCAUCUUCGCCGCCUUCUGCUGCCUCUUCCCGGCGCUCAUCAGCGUGUGGGGCCCGCGCACGGGCAUGCGCCAGCUGGUGCUCUGCCGCUACUCGUGGGGCUACUACCCCGUGGCCGUCAUUGUGGUGCUCGGCACCGCCGGCCAGAUCGGCUACUGCAUCCUCAACAGCAUCCUUGCUGGCCAGACCCUCGCGGCCGCGUCCGUCGGCGGCAACCUCAGCAUCACCGUCGGCAUCGUCGUCAGCGUCAUCAUCUCGCUCGUGCUCUCCUUCAGCGGCAUCCGCGUGCUGCACUUCUUCGAGCGCUACUCCUGGCUCGUCGUGCUGCCCGUCUUCGUCGCGCUCACCGCCGUCGCCGGCAGCGGGCCCGACGGCCUGCACAUUCCCGCCGAGGAGCCGGCGCUGGCGCCGCGCCCCGUGCUCAGCAUGGGCUCGCUGCUCGCCGGCUACCUCAUCAGCUGGAGCAUCAUGAGCACCGACUACUCGCUCUACCUCGAGCCGCGCACCAGCCCCGUCAAGCUCUUCACCUACGUCUGGUCGGGCUUCUUCUUCAGCACGACGCCGCUGUUCAUGCUCGGCGCUGCGUUUGCCUGCUCGGCCGCUGAUGUUCCGGCCUGGUCGGCUGCGCUGGAGAUCAGCAACGGCGAGCUCUUCCUCGAGGUCUUCGGUCGCGGUGCCGGCGCUCGCUUCGCCAACGUCAUCCUGGCGCUCUCUGUCAUCGGCAACGUGGCGCCGACGUUCUACUCGUUCGGUCUCUCGAUCAUGACGCUGCCCAUCCCGCGCCUGCACGCCGUGCCGCGCUUCCUCUUCCCCCUGCUCGCCACCGCCAUCACCAUGCCGCUGGCCAUCGUCGGUGCCUCGCGCUUCGCCACGACGCUCAGCAACUUCCUCGCCGUGCUCGGCUACUGGAGCGUGCUGUACGUCGCCGUCCUCAUCGUCGAGCACUAUGUCAUCCGCCGCGGCGACUACGACUCGUACAAUGCCGAGGCGUGGGCUUCGCCUAGGCUCCUCCCGACGGGCCUGGCCGCGCUGGCCGCCGGUAUCCUCAGCCUGGGCCUGCAGAUUCCCUUCUACGACCAGACGCUCUUCACUGGCCCGCUCGCGGAGCGCAGCGGCGAUCUCGGCUUCGAGGUGGGCCUCGUCCUCUGCGCCAUCCUCUACGUGCCGCUGCGCAUCCUCGACAAGCGCAUCUUCGGCCGCUAAGCGUCCCGCAUGCGCCCAUCUGCUCUCAUCUCCUGGCAACCGAUGCUCUCCUCGCCGUCUUGCACAAGUCUACAUCCGCCGGGCCGACACCUGCGUGUCUCGGCCUCGCGCUAAAGUAUCUCAGCUCCGUGUAACUAAAAGGCUUCUCACCUGUCACUGUCUCCCACAUCUCCCACGCGCAUCAACUGCUAGACCUCACUCCCACCCUGGCCCACCUUCGUCACCGUCGCUCAACGCAAUACCUUUAUCUGCUUCAUGCCUUUCGC